AUAUUGACAAACUAAUCUCCUCUUUAUAAUCUCCCUCUUCACUCUUUCUUUUCCACCCAAUUCGCUUCCGUGAUUUCUUCCAUAUAUUGUUCUUUUCCCAUAGAUUUAUCUUUAAAGAUCUAAAAUGGCUUCUCUACAAAAGUCGACACUAGAUUUGACAAGUCAGCAUUUUCUUGAUGGUGUUGAUUUUUGGGAAAAUUUCCUCACAUCAGAAACCAACACUAGUUCUGAUUUAAAUAGCUUUAAAUUCGAGGCAAAAGCACCUCGUAUAAGUUCAAAUUCCCGGAAAUUCAGUUCAAAAACAGAGGAUUCAGUUCAGAAAAUGGUAGAUACCUUGAAGGCGAAGUGUUACAGAGGGAUCAGGCAAAGGCCAGGGGGGAAAUUUGUUGCAGAGGUUAGUGACCCGACCCGAAAAGGGAAACGGGUUUGGCUAGGAACUUAUAAAACUGCAAUAGAUGCAGCCAUGGCAUAUGAUAGUGCAGCGUUUAGGCUAAGAGGGAGCAGAGCAAUUUUGAAUUUCCCUCAUCUAUUUAUGGAAAACGAUUCACAGCGUUCAGAGAACAAUGGUACUGCACUGUUUGUUCCUUCUUGCUCUUCACAUAGGCACGACUUACUCAACAAUGAAGGGCUAGAGCAAGUUGAUUUAUUACUUCCGCAUGCAACAGAGGCAACUGUGAUGAACACAGGAAGUAUGGUUAACGCGAAUGUAGCACAUGAUUUUUGCAACGACGGAGGAGAAACAGUGCAGCCCGAUUUACGUUGUGAGAAAUCAAAUGUAGAAAUUGAUUCAAGUAGUAAUGACAAAGUGGAGCAUAAUGAUAUUGCUGGAGGAAGUUCAUCAUGUGAAAGACUUUUGGUUGAAGCUGAUGCAAUGACCAACAUUCAGAACAUAGAUUCAAAGAACAAGUGCACAAUAGCGAGGCUAGAAAAAGAUUAUGGGAUUACUCGCGAGAUUCUAGAACAGCAUUUUGGGAAGACUCUUGUAGAUGCUGCCAAGACACUACGUGUUAGUCGAUCAACACUGAAACGAGUAUGUAGAGAAUACAAUAUCUCUAGGUGGCCACAUCAUAAGACCAGAAAGGUUUAUCACCGCGUUAGCCAAGGUGUAUCUCUACAAAGUGCUGAACCAUAUGUGGAAGAUAUUCAACAACGUCCUGAUCUGUCCCAGAAAAAAGGCACAGAUCUUUUGGCGCAUAAAAAAUCGCCUGCAGCAGAAAAACGUUGUGAUAAUCUGAUGACUUUAAAGGUUACAUAUAGAGGCGAUAUCAUUAAGUUUCAACUCUCCCCUUCAGCAACCAGGGUAGAACUGGAGGUGGAAGUGGAAAAGAGGUUUAACAUAUCACUUCAAAAGUGUUCAAUCAAGUAUCAAGAUGACGACGACGAUUGGAUUUUGAUAACUAGUAAUUCAGAUUUGAGGGACGGUAUGAAUUCAUUGAGAUUGUUAGGAAGAACUACUAUGAAAUUACUGGUUACCCCAAUAUCUGAGACAUGAAUUUUCCCUAAGUUAUUAUGGUUCAUCUUUAUUGCAGAACUUUAGAGUGUUGUUUCUUUGCCAGUGAUAUUUGUUGUAUGUCUUUGAGCUCAUUACAAAUAAUAGAGAAGUCUAAUUUGACAACCCUUUUGGACUGUUUAAUAUCAGUUGCUUCAGAAAAAAAUGAUUUAAGUGCCACUACUGGCAUUUGUAUAUAAACUUUUUUACAAUCGUUGAACCAAGUAACUGUCACCCUUUGGGGUGGGGUCCUUCACCGAA